ACAUCGGGACCACUCGUCCCUUACUCUAUUCAUGUUUACUAAUCAAAUCAUUUCAAUAAAAAAAGACCCAACCGGAAAGGCCCAAUAAAUAAAAAAAUCAGAUUGAAAAAAAAACUAGUGCAUCGUUAAUUAAACUUUCUCGACAAUUUAAAUUAAAGUCUGCUUAUAAAAUUUAUUAUUGCUGGAAACAUUGUUUUUUUUUUUUUUUAAUUGUUCGACAUCUAAGUGUGCAGGAACUCGAAACUUGGAAGUGAUGUUCGCCAGUAAGAGGAAGGAAUUUUCAAAGGUGUGAGUGAGUUGUGAAGUGGUAUCAAUUUUUUCGGACUCUUGUGAAUUACUUUAUCUUUUGAGAUGACGGAAUCUUUGGUAAGAGAAGUGGAUUCCCACAUUGUGACCCUUAUAUCGAAACUUUCAACUCUUCGGGAAAAUCAUGUCGAUCCGACUGCGGAUAGACGACCUCCGAUGUCCAUAGAGGCAAAGAGUUUGGAACUUUGGAGGGCUGUUGCUGUUGAGUGCUUUGCGACUUUUCUCUUUAGCUUGGUGGUUUCCGGUGCGGCAAACGCUUCCUACCCUUCUGGUAGCGGCUUAUCAGCACUUUCGACUGCCAUCGCUGCCGGCUUUGGAAUUGCGGCUAUUACACUCAUUUUUGGACACAUUAGUGGGGGACACGUAAAUCCUGCGGUGUCAGUGUCGUUUGCUUUGGCCAGCAAAAUAUCGAUACUCAGAGCUGCCCUUUACAUCGCAGCCCAAUGUGGAGGUGGAAUAGCCGGAGCUGCAAUGAUCUAUGGGGUAACGGUUCCUUCUGGAACGCAGUCGAUUCCCUCACCUGGAAGAUUAGCAGGCCCGAUAGAAAAACUGUUGGUCGAAUUAGCCCUUUCAAUUUUAAUUGUUCUGGCCCACUUCACUGCAGAUUCGACCAAGAAUCUGCCGUCAUCAUUAUCGACAAAAGCUGCCGCAGUUUUGGCAGCAGCCUACGCAUCUGGGACUUUAGUCCAUAGUCCAAAUCUGAAUCCAUCACGAGCUCUUGGUCCCGCUUUCGUGAUGAAUCGCUGGGACUCCCACUGGGUCUACUGGGUCGGUCCAAUAGCAGGUGGCUCAAUCGCAGCUCUUCUCCACGAGUACGUCCUCAGUCCGAAGCGAUCCCGAGACACUGGCGACUUGGACGACGGCGACAAUUCCUCAAUGAGAUCAGACGAGGACACUUACGACGACCUGGACAAGCCCGUAGGCCCAAAGUUCGCCGGAGCCUAUGCCACUUAUCGACCCGUCACCGGAACAGCAUCAAUUUACAGUGCUCCACCAACCGCCCUCGAGCGUGUUGAGUCUAUAUAUGGUGGCACGAAAUCCCUCUACUGCAAAUCCCCUCCCUUGACUCGGGCUAAUUUGAACAGAUCUCAAAGUGUCUACGCGAAAUCCACCUCAGGAACAAGAGACGGCCUCAUUCUUCCCAAACCCGGACCACUGGUGCCAGCUCAAAGUCUCUACCCCAUAAGAAUUGGAACCCACGCCUCCCAGAAUUUCAUCAAUCGCGAGCCAAUUCAUCAUCUUCAGCCCACGCUGACCUCUCAAACCAUCAGUCCCAAUAAUCCAACUCAGAAUCACAACAGUACCAACCAGAACAUGCAGAAUCAGCUCCAGCAAUGCACCCAGAGUAUUUAUGGCGUGCGAGGAAUCUCCACGAGUCUCAGUACGCGCGAAAACGGAAUUUAUGGAGUCUCGACCGGGUCUAGUAUUUAUGGAAGAGCGCCAGUUCCUCCGCCCGAGAGGCAGAGUUCUCAGAGCAAUGCUCCGAGUCAGUCAUCGACUGUUCCGAAUCCGAGUCAGAAUCAUCAGACACAUCAGAAUGGGCCUUUGAACACGAGUUCGGAGAGUGGCAGCAAUCCGAGAAGACCGGACAGUAUGUAUGGACAUGGUGCGAGGCGCAGUGACGAUUCUGCUUAUGGUAGCUACCAGAGUUCGAACAGGGGAACCACCUAUGGAAAGGCCCAGGGUCCACCUUUGUCCAAUGGUCCGCCAUGUCCUCCUCAGUACAGAGAUGGCAGGCCAAGUCCUGCUGGACCACUUCAGCAGAAUCAAAAUCAGCAGAGUAGUUUUACGCGGAAUUCGCCCAAUCCGCAGUACUGAUGUCACCAGCAUCGCGGAAAGCGAUCCAAUCGGGUCAAGAGACCAGAACUCUUUUUCUAAAAAUCCUAAUCGAUUUGUUUUUUUUUUCUUCCUGAGAAUCGGUUGUUGUACAGUGAGACUGCAUUUAUUGCUAGACAUUAAGAGAUUGAGUACUUGCGGGUCGUACUUAAAUUACGUGGAGGAUUAGAGACGCUCUCUGAAAAUCCCAACCCCUUUGCCCCUGUAACAAAAUAUUUUUACCCCCUCCCCUCCCCCAGACUGGUGCUGUACGUAAUUUUUUAGUUUUCAGACAUGUUUUGCUAAUUAUUGCCAGUAGAAUUUAGAGAAUUUCGUUUUCAAAAUUCUCUGAUUUUUUCUUGAAUAAUUUUUUAUUUUGAUCUUUUAAUACUUUUAAUAUCGAAU